UAUAUGAUUGUUUAUCUGUGUCUUUGGUAAAUCGAAAGCGAGAUCAGUGUUGUGGUUUAGGCUUCGCUGUGACAAAAUUAGUUGCGUUGGGAGGGGGUGAAAUUCUGCGAGUACGAGAGUGUCAUGCGUGUGAAAGGUUGUGAUGUGGGAGGAAAGUAGAGUCCAGAUUCUCUACAGAUGCUCAGAAAUGAAGUGUUCCUCCAGACUCCUGUGUGGACUCCUCGUGUCAUGCCUUUGUUUCAGAGUUUCAAGUGAGGAUCUGUCUGUGAUUCAGAGUCCAUCCAGCAUCACUGUGAAUGAAGGACAAUCUGCUCAAAUCAACUGCUGCUGGAAUGAAACCAUACAGAAUGUUAAAGUUGCUUGGUACAUCAAAGAUACAAAACAAAAGCAGGAUACUCAAGAACAUACAACACAGAACUGUACAGUUCUGAACCUCAUAAACAUACUUAAAAAUGCUUCAGGUCAUUAUGUUUGUGAAGUGACUCAAGAUAUACCAAUCCUGCUUAAGAAGAAUGGUAGUGGAACAGUCAUAACUGUUAAUGACAGUCUAGUAGAAACGACAACAACAACUGUUUCUGACCCGUCUCAAUCUACUCAGAGUCCACACAGUGCAUCAGACGCUUCAACAUUAUUGCUGCCUCUGUCUCUGGCUGCUGCCAUCGGCCUGCUGACCUUCUGCUUGGUCUUCAGUCUGUUCAAGAUGAGAAACUCCUGUAAAAAAUCAGAGCGAGUGGUCAUUCACCAGACACCCAACAGUGAAGGUGAGGAGCAUGAGCACAUGGAGGAAGAGAACGGUAGCACAGGCUCCUCUCGAGGAUCCCUCCAAUGGUAUCAAGUGCCUGUUUACUGGUCUUACUUUGAUCUACAGAAGGGUGAAGACGAGUGACAACCAGAAAAUAAAGACAAACUUGAUGUUCAGUUCAUUGGAUUGCAUUUUGCAUUCUCUAUCUCAUUUUUGUAAAUAGAGGAAGCGAUUUUAAUCUUCAGAUGCUAGAACCCCUCGGUUGAAGCUCUUGAUUGUGGUAGCAGAUGUUAAUCUUUUU